AUGCUGGAGGAGGAGCGCGGUGCCAUGGAGGCAGGCGGCGGCGGGUGGGCGGAGGCGGCGCUGGAGCCGGUGCGGUGGGUGCGGAUGCUGUGCCGGGAGCUGGGCGCGACGUUCGUGGCCGGGGUGGUGCUGGUGUACGGCCUCAACCAGGGCUUCGCCGGCUCCUUCUUCCGGGUGGCGUCCGACUACUACUGGAAGGACGUGCAGCGGGUGCAGCCGGCCACCGUGCAGUUCCUCUCCAUCUUCUUCCACGUCCCCUGGGUCCUCAAGCCCCUCUGGGGGGUCAUGACCGACGUCCUCCCCGUCCAAGGCUACCGCCGCCGCCCCUACUUCGUCUUCUCAGGAAUGCUUGGAAUGUUUUCAACUGCCAUUCUUGCCGGUGUCGGACUAUCAGUGACUUCUGCAGUAGUUUGCUUCGUGGGAAUCUCCACAGCAGUUGCCAUUGCUGAUGUUACAAUAGAUGCAUGCAUCGCAAAGAACAGUAUUGACAAGCCAGCAUUGGCCCCAGACAUGCAGAGCCUUUGUGCAUUCUCGUCGUCGCUAGGUGCACUUAUUGGGUAUGCUACAAGUGGCAUGUUUGUCCACCAUCUAGGGGCACAGGUUUUGAACAAGGUUACUGUGGCAGUUAAAGGGAUGGUUCAGACAAUAAAGUAUCCAGUAGUGUGGAAACCAUCUCUUUACAUGUUCCUUUCGCUGGCCCUCAGUAUCAGCACUCAUGAGGGGCAGUUCUACUGGUACACUAACAAGGAACCGCCUAAUCCUGGAUUUUCACAGCAAUUUGUGGGGAUGGUGCACGCCGUCGGCGCGGUGGCGUCCAUGGUGGGCGUCCUGAUCUACCACAAGAACCUCAAGGACUACCCGUUCCGGAGCAUCCUCUUCUUCGCCCAGCUCCUGCACGGCGCCUCCGGCCUCCUCGACCUCACCUUCGUGCUCCGGUGGAACCUCGCGCUCGGCGUCCCGGACGCGGCCUUCGUCACCCUGGAGGAGUGCGUCUCCCGGGUCGUCGGCCGCGUCCGGCUGAUGCCGAUGAUGGUGCUGAGCACCAAGCUCUGCCCGCCGGGCGCCGAGGGCACCUUCUUCGCGCUGCUCAUGUGCAUCGACAGCCUCGGCAUGCUGGUGGCCAAGACCGGCGGCGCCUUCGUGCUCCGGGCCCUGCACGUGACGAGGACCGAUUUCAGCAACCUCUGGCUCGCCGUCCUGCUGAGGAACCUGCUGAGGCUGUCCGCGCUGGGCGCCAUCUUCCUGGUGCCCACCGCCGACCAGACCGACGUGCUGCUCCCGCAGGACCUCCUCAGCUCCGGCUCCCCGGUGGCUGCCGCCGGCGACGAGGAGGAGAGGUUGUUGCAGCUCGGGAAGCUCACUUCUCGCACUGACGACGAUGUAUGA